AGGAGUACUAUUUACAUCUCGACAAACAGGCCAUGCUUUGUUUGAACAUUGACCAAACACGCAACGACUACAAGGUGUGACAAGGAGUGUUGUGACCAAUGGGUAACAAUACCGGACCCCAUUGAGUUUGAAGUGAGUGGUGUCUUGUCCUUAAAAAACAGUCUUUAAUUCAAGGAUAUGAUUCAUGGCGAGAUCCUGCAUUGAUUUUCCAGGAAACUAGCAAACCUUUUGGGACAGUUGUGCUUCCCAGCCUGUAUAUGUCUAUAAUUGACUUAGCAAAAAAGGCGCUAGCCAGAUAAGGGAGGCGCAAGCAACAGCUGAUCACAGUGGCGAACCACUGCAGCUCGUGCACACCUACUCCCGCGCGCUCUCGGAAACUUAUGGAAACUAGUUGGGAUACUCUAAAAGUGUGGGCAACACGUGGUGUUUCUUGGGUGUAAAAGUAUGUUCCCGAAGUGGUUGAUACAUAUUAGAGAUACCAAGUGGUUACAUCAUUGGCAAAAAAUGGUAUCUCAGUGAACACACAAGUUAUAGAGAUAUGUUUCUGCGAAACCCGACAGGCGAGUAGGUGGUGUACCCCGAGGUUAGGCCCUACACGGGAGCUUAUUUUUGACACCCACGUGGGAGCUUUUUGUGACGCUCCGUCCCUACACGAUCGACUGUGGUGACGCCACGGCCCCACGAGGGAGCUUUGUGGUAACGCCCUGGUCUCAUCUUUUCAGGGCUAUAUAACAUGGGUAGGGCUGCAGGCUCUUCCAACUAGUUAUGCAAAUGGAUACUUCUCCAACUGAGCAAAGACCGAUCAAGCAGUCGUUCUUCGGUUCCCUGCGCCGUGACGCCCACUGGAAAUGUCUAAUUCUGACCGUCCUCAUCUGCGGUUGCCUUGGUGCCAUCGCGUGGUGUCGUGUGGCCAUCAUUACGACCGUCGUUGUUAGUUAUUACGGCUCACGCCGGUCGGACAAGACCAUCACACAGUCGAGUCCUUGUGAGGACGGAUACAUCUACAUCCCUGUGGCGUUCGUUAUCAUGCUGUACUUGGUCUAUUUGGUGGAGUGCUGGCACAGCCACACGCGUAUUGAGUUACACCACAAAGUUGACGUGGGUACCGUGUACGAGAAAAUCAGUAAUAUGCGUAAUGCCAUCCCAAUCCUGUGGUGGAAGGCACUGUGCUACCAUUACGUCAGAAAAACGCGUCACGUCACCAGAUACAGGAAUGGAGACUCCUUCACAACCACGCAAGUGUAUUACGAGCGCAUUAACUCGCACACAGCGGGCUCGGCCUUCAAUUUUUCUCAGUGUGGGAUCAAAGAUAUGUCGUCCAUACCAUUCGGUCUAGAGGACUAUCCGGCCACCAAGAUUAAGUUCAGCAAGGGUUUCUCGUUCGCUUCAGUUGACGCCGAGUGUGAAUUCGAUGAACAACGGAGUCGCUUCUUUCGUGAGAAUGAACGACGGGACGACUACAUGGAAACUAGAGAAGGCAUGGACCUUCUUAAUGUGAAUUUCAAGGAAUAUAUGAUAACUUUUGCUGACCCCAACAAUCUGCCUUGGUAUGUGUCUCAUGUUAUAUUUUGGAUUGCCUCUUGUUUGCUAAUGUCUUGGCCAUUGAGAGUCAUCAUCGAAUUUAAGACUGCAUAUGUUCACUAUCACGUGCACAAAGUGUUCGGGACGAAUUACGUGGAAUGUGAGCCGCCAGAUCCUAUAGCACAGCUAACUAGAGUAAAUACAAUGACAAGCACCGAUCUUGAGUUUACUAUUCAGAACAAUUAUGCACUUGUGCCAAGUUAUUCUGAAGCACUCUUAAUGGCUUCCAAUGGGACUUACGAAGUUCCUGAUGCAAACGGUAACGUGACGUCUCCCAUAUAUGGUGCUAAGCGGAGCGUGACGUACGGGUCGCUCUCGUCUGCUACCAAACAGGAUGCCUUGCAAAGACUGCCAUCUGGCCCGAUUUCUCCAUCACUCAGGCGUUGUCAUAGCUACACGAUAGUGAAUGGCGGACUUGUUAUUCAAAAUGAUAUGCAAAUCGAUCUCAGAUUUCCUAGCCGUCCUAGAAGAAAAUCGCGCCUACUCAUCGGUCCCUGGAGGCGGGAUGAUACAUCUAGCAACCCCAUUAGUUCCCCGUCAUCUCCACAGGAGUGCAUGGUAGCCAUUAACACACAAACAUCCACUGUUCGUGUUCUAGGCCUAAACAGGUCACCAAGGACAAAGUCAAAGAGUAAUCCAGAGACAAGUACCGUGCGAUCACUUAACUUAGAAAGAAGGACAUGCGCUUUCCCCCUGAGAUCGCCAAGUGCACAUUCCAUGGGUCCUUCGAUGGUUCGGUCUGCGCGGUCGGGGCUUUCGGAGGACUCCCUCCCAUGUUAUGAUGACGCCUUGUCGAUGGACACGCCUUUAUUCGAGAACGAAAACGACAGUGCAUUUAGCUCAAGACUGAUUCGCACGGAGAGUGCUAGACAGCCUAGCACAUCCCAGAGACAACAGUGUAGGACCAUCAUGGAGACAUCUCUCUAGCCGUUGUGUGUCGAGCGUGUGUGUGUUGUAUUAAUGUUUAUUAUAGUCUGAUUUCAUAUGCGGAUGCAGAAUUUAUAUUAAA